ACAUGUCAACCCACGCAACCAGAUCUUAAACUGGAUCAUUUUAAAAAACACCAAGGUUUAGAACUGAAUGGGUUAAGACUGCUUUCAGUGUUGCUGCCCCUACUAUGUGGGACAAUUUCCAAUUGACAGCUAAGCUGCCCUCUUUUGUUCCUUAUGGUGUUUUUAAAGCAGUAGUGUCUGAACUACUCAAGGAAAAUGACUGACUGUUUUUAAAUGUUUAACAGCAAAACUGGCAUGUUUUUGAAAGUAUAAAAUAUGUCCUAUGAGUCAUUGAUAUCGUUAAUGCUAUGUUCAUUGUUUUCAUUUCUUCUGUCACUGUGUAACUGCAGGGCACCCCUGGAAAAGAGACCUCGGUCUCAGUGGGCCCUCCCUGUUAAAAUGAAGGAUAAAAAUUAUUAUAAACUCUGAAUGAUGCAUUAAAAUAGAAAAAGUACUAAAAAAGACUGACAGUUUGAAUUUGGUGUGUAGUACUCUGAUGACUGUUUCAUGUCAUGUUUUUUACAGUGAAUAGAGCCUUCUGCUCCGACUUCACUGCCAGAGUCCCAGGUGAAUGGCCAACUGAGGACUUUGGCCUAAAAACUGAGACUGAAUUUGAAAUUAGAGUUUCGGUGAAGGAAGGCGCUGGAUGGCUGUUUGGAUGUGGUUCUGUUGCCCAGGUGACCACAUCCGAAGAGAAGAAGGGUCAAUAUCUGUCAAUCAACCUGGGUUUUGCUUUUGGAGUGACAUUUGGGAUUUUUGUUUCACGUGGAGUUUCAGGUGCUCACUUGAACCCGGCUGUGUCUCUGAGUUUGUGCGUUCUGGGCAGACAUCCCUGGAUGAAGCUGCCUUUCUACGUCUUCUUCCAGCUGCUUGGUGCUUUUCUGGCUGCAGCCACAGUAGCUCUGCAGUACUACGAUGCCAUCAGGGCGUACAGUGGAGGUGAGCUCACUGUUACAGGACCCAGAGCCACAGCAGGCAUUUUCUGCACCUACCCCUCUGACUACCUGAGUGUGUGGGGAGGAGUUGUCGACCAGGUGAUCGGCACAGCCGCCCUCCUGUUGUGCGUCCUGGCUCUCGGGGACCGGAGAAACACCACCCUCCCUGACGGUCUUCAGCCUGUUCUGGUGGGCGCUGUGGUGCUGGUUAUCGGCAUCUCCAUGGGCUCCAACAGCGGCUACGCCCUCAACCCUGCCAGAGAUUUUGGACCUCGAUUGUUCACGUACAUUGCUGGCUGGGGAGCAGAUGUUUUCAGGGCUGGAGGUGGCUGGUGGUGGGUCCCCAUAGUGGCCCCCUGUGUCGGGGCUCUGCUAGGGACUCUGAUCUACCAGCUGAUGAUUGAGGUUCACCAUACUCCUGUUAUGGCUGAGCUGCAGAGUUGUCAGGAGGCCACGGAGGGAAAGUCAGGUGUGGAGCUGGAGGGUGUGGAGCCAAAAAAAAACACCACGUGAUUGAAUUAAGCCAAGUUCAAAAGAAAAAGAUCUGUCCUGUAUACAGAAUUAUUUAUGUACAAAAAAAUUAUCUGAAGCUGUCUUGUAAAUACGAGGCCAAUCUUUUGGCAAAAGAUAGUCUUUUAGUUUUAUAUUAUACGAAAACACUUAAUGUUAUUUCUAACAUUUUGGGUAAGAACUAGAGCAGAGGUUUUCAACUGGUGGGUCAUGAUCCACUUUUCAGUGGGGCACAAAUGUGUUCCUGGAGAAAAAAAAAAGCCAAAAAGUCAAUAAAGCUCAU